UGUGACUAUCUCAGCGCUGCAUUCGUUCGUCCCCUGAAUUUUAGCAUUAAAAAGGUAAACUUAAUUGAGGCUCUGGCAGCAACAUGAUUGGUGGAGUCGUGGUCGCUUUGCUGCUGGCACUGCUGACGCUCCUGUACCUGUAUCUCUACCGCACGUACACGUUCUGGACCCGACGAGGUAUCAAACAGAUCACCCCCAUUCCUCUCUUCGGCAGCUUCCUUCCAGUCUUCCUAGGACGGAAGAACCAUGGAGAAGUGUAUCAUGAAAUUUACUACAAGUAUCCUGACAGCGAUGCUGUGGGCUACUACCAGUUCUUGACUCCCAAGCUGAUGAUAAGAAACCCGGCCUUGGUAAAAAGGGUUUUGAUCAGCGACUUUUCCAGUUUCCGAGAUAAUGAGAUAUACGCCAAUAAAAAAGACGACCCUUUUAUGGAGUUGAAUCCUUUCCUGUGCAGAGGAGAAACAUGGAAACCAGCUAGAACAUCUUUCGUUGCUGGGUUGACUACAAGCAGAGUGAAGUCAUACUUUCCAUUGAUGAAGGACACGUUGAAACAUCUGGAUGAUUUCCUGACAGACAAGUUAGGAAAAGAACUGGAGGCUAAGCACUUUUCCAAUAUUUUCUUCAUGACUCUGGUGUCGAACACUGCUUACGGCCUCGACGCAAACUGCUUCACGGAUCCUAACUCGGCCUUCCGCAAAAUGGUAGAUCUACUCAGCAAGACAAACUGGCAAAAGUUCCACAACGUCCUCAUAAUCUUCUUCAUGCAGAGUUUAAAGACUUGGCUGGGCUACAGUUUUGCACCAAAGCCGAUGCAAGAUUUCGGUGCUAGAGUGAUGAGGGAAGUGGCGGAGACCAGAGUGAAGACCGGUACACGAAGAAAUGAUUAUGUACAAUGCUACUUGGACAGGGACAACACAGUUGAGGAAAAGGUGCACGAACUUUCAAACCACGGCAUUACUUUCUUUAUCGGGGGCACGGAGACUUCCUCCAUCACAUCUGGUAACAUCGUGUAUGACUUGGCUCUGAACCAGGCAUGUCAGGACAGGCUGUACCAGGAGCUGAAGGAAGCAUACGCAAAAUCUCCAGAACUGGACUGCGACACACUGCUCAAUCUACCUUAUCUCAAUAAAGUCUUUGAAGAAUCUUCAAGGAAGAACCACGUAUUUUAUGCUUUACCGAAGGUUUGCACGAAGAACGUCACAUUCGAAAUUGACGGAAAUGAAUUGGACAUAGCCCCAGGGCAGUUGGUGAUGAUUCCAAGUAUGGAAAUCCAAAUGGACGCCAAGUAUUAUCCGGACCCUGACGUGUUCGACCCUGAGAGGUUCAAUGAGGAGAACAAGAGAGCGAGACCGGAAGUCACGUUCAUGCCUUUUGGGGAGGGACCACGGAUCUGUGCGGGUAUGAAUUUCGGUAUCCUGCAAGUCAAGAUUUUUCCUCUCACAUCUUGUAUACAACUACAAAAUCCUUCCCACGGCGAAGAGUGCCGCGAAAUUGUCUUACUCCAAACAUUCGUAUUUCGCCAUUCCCGACCACAAUCAGUUUGUCAAACUAGUUAGGAGAACUCAUUGAUACGUUUAAUAAUUUACUCAGUUUGUACAGUUUUCAUGUGUUGUGUUGUGCUUAAUAAAAUCGUUGUUUCUACCA